AUGAUCUUCAUUCAAUUAGUCCCAAUUCUCAUUCUAAUUCGAUUAUCCUAUGCUGAUCAAUGUCCAUCGUCAGAUUAUUGUACAUGUUCACCUGAUUUAACGAUUAUCAAGUGUACAAAUCGACGAAUAACCAAUGAACUACUUUUCAAUAUCAAUAAUCAACUACCUAGAUCGACAAUCCUCUUAAAUCUCUCAUCGAAUAUCUUAACAUCUGUGGAAUUUCUUUUGAAUUUGAACCACUUAGAAAUACUCGAUCUAUCAUUCAAUAAAAUCCAUUAUCUACCAUCGGACUUUCCUUCCAGAUUCCCUCAUUUAACUGCAUUAUAUCUCCAAAAUAAUUCUUUACGAUUAAUCCCAAAAACAUUUCAAAGUCUGUCGAAUGUCAAUCUCGAUCUUUCAAACAAUCCAUUUCAUUGUACAUGUCAAUCGAAAUGGUAUCAAACACAUCCUCAAUUCAAGCAUCUCCACUGUCAAAACCAAAAACCGUUCGACGAAAACGACUUUUGUCCCACCGAUCAAAUCUUCACAAUCACUCCUCACCAAUCUCAAAUAGCUUAUGAAAACCAACCAUUUGCAUUAAAUUGUUCGUCUAAUUUCAAACGUUAUUGGACAUUAAAUAAAAAACAUUAUCCAUCAACGAUUAUAUCAUCUUCCUAUUCAACAAUCAUCAUUGAUCAUUUGCAAGUGAAACAUGCUGGCUUAUGGACAUGUCAUCAUUUAAAUUCGAAUCGGUCAGUAUCAUUAACAGUUUUACCGAAUACAGUCGAUCAAUUUUGUCCAUCAAUACGAAUGAAUACAUCCAAGGGAUUAUUUCAUUGGCCACGAACGUUAAUUAAUAACAAAAUUGAAAAGAAGUGCCCGUUCGGAUCAGCUGCGUGGCUAAGAAAUUCCAACGAAUACGCGCGGGCGUGGUAUACAUGUUCAUCGAGUGGCAAUUGGAUGAAUUUAGAUCUUGCACAAUGUGCUUUUCAUUCGAACAUAUCGAGAGUAUUUGAUCGGUUGUCAUUGACAGAGACGAAUUUGUUAUUGCGUUUGAUAAAGUAUUUGUCGAAAUUGGAUAAAAGAUCAUUUGAUUUGAAUGAUGUGAUUUUAUUGAUUGAUUUAAUCGAUGAACAACAGGAAAAAUAUGGAAAUCAAGAUCGAGUUAUGCUAGUUUUUCAUCUGACCGAUUUUAUUCUACAAAUUAAACAAGAUUUUACAUAUUCCCGAGAGUAUAGAAUGGCGAUAACCAGAUUGAGAUUAAUCAUCGAACGAUUAUUAGAUUUCACCGAUCAACCAUGGUUAUACAUUGGAAAAGAAUUAACAGCAAUGUCUAUACGAGCACCGUUGUUUUCAACACUUUGUUUGAUACCAAAUCGAUCUUUAUUAACAAUCAUCUGUGAACCUGAUAACCGUCAACAUUACGAAUCCCCAUUAGCCACGAUUCAUUUCCCGCCGAGUUCAAAUAAGACAACUCAAAAGUCUUUGUAUUAUAUUAUCUUCUACCGACAGUCGAUGCUGUACACGUCAAACGAAAUGACACCUUCUCUUUACAAUCCUGUUAUUUACAUACGACCGAUAUCAAGAUACAGUUCAUCACCGGUCGGACUAACCUUUUACAAUCCGAUACAUCAAGCAUCAAUAGCAAUUUGGUAUUCCAAUCAAUCCAUAUGGCAGCUCGAAUCUUCAGUCUGUAAAACCAAUGAACAGAGUUCGUAUCUAAUCUCAAGCUAUUGUGUUCUAUUCAAUAAUAAUUCACUUGCGUUAACGUACCUUAAUGAUAGAAAUCGAAAUGAACAUGUGUUUUUUAAUACAAAAUAUUCUCGAUUGACGAUAUAUAUUUCAUCGAUAGUGGCUUCGAGUUGUUUUUUCAUCUCUACUCUUUGUUAUAUUUGCUUUUACAAAGUUUAUCAAAUGCCACGACGUUUUUUCCAUUGUUUAAUUAAUUAUUGGCUCAAUCUCACAAUUCUCAUUCCGUUAUUCGCAUUCGGGAUAGAAAGCACCCAAUAUCCACUCGUAUGCGAAUUAAUUGCCAUUAGUCUUCAUUUCCUUUGCUUAACCACCAUUCUCUGGUUAACAUUAUUAACUUUUUUAAUUUGGAGAAAAUUCCAAGCGAUAUUAACAAACAAUGAUGAAUACCAAAGAAAACCGCCUGUGAUCAUGGUCGACUACGAUGAUAUUAGUUUGCCGGUUGUAAAACUGAAACCACGAUCAGUCAUUCACUUGUAUUUGAUUGUCUACGGAAUUUCAUUUGCUAUCUGUGGUAUAGACCUGAUGGUGUCCCGUGAACAAUUUCUCAUCAAAAGAAUAUGCUUUUCGAAACAUUUCGAUUCAAUUUUACUAUUGAUCAUCCCGAUUUUUAUCUUUGUUCUUUUUUCCCUGAUUUUGUUGCUUGUCAGCCGUCAUUAUAUCAAACAGUUGAUGAAAAAGAGCGCAUCUGUACGAAGGCUUUCUGAACAAUCGGGUUUACACAGGGAAAAUCUUCUUAUGCCGUGUCGACGAAAGAAAAUCCUUCCGAUUCUCGUUCCAUCGAAUCGAACUUCGAAACAUUCAUCAUCAAACCUCAAUCCCUAUCAUUCCUAUUCCGAUCUCUCUGACGCAGAUUAUCAAUACGAAUCGAUCAAUCAAUUACUUUCAAUCUUAUGUCAAUUUAUCCUUUUGAUUUUACUAUUUCUAUCAAGUUCGACGAUUUAUCUUCAACCGCUACAUUCGUUUAAAAUCCGUUUUGAAAAUAUAAUCUAUAGUCAUUUCUAUGGAUUUUUCGUUCUAUUUCUCGCAUUUUACAUCCUAUCAUUUCAUGUAUUAUCACGCUCGAAUCUGAUCAAGCGCUUCUACUUUCAUCGCAAUCAAGAACAACCUACAUAUCUUCGGCGACGAAAGGAUUUCCAUAUUCCAUCUUGUACAGAACAAGUCUCAUUGUUGCCAUCGACGCAUACCUGUUACAUAUCAAAUCGUGAUAUCUGUCAAAUACCGCAACAAACUGAACGGGCGACAGUUUACAACGAGCAUAAUUACGAUUGUAAACCGAUUGUCAAAGUUACUUCUGAACACCACGCUUUGCAUAGACAUAAAUCAAAAGCAAAUCCAAGGAGUUCACUCGGACAUGAGCCCUUCUUCGAUGCACUAGAUGUUAUUGCACAUCGAAAUCCACCUCGGUACCGACCUCAACGAAAUUCACUUUACGAACGAUCGUUGAAACGAUCAACGUAUGACCCGAUCGCAUCUCAUAUCUUACAAAAUAAGAAAAGUCACUUAUCGUCUUCAUUCCCAUCCUGUCAAUUAUUUACACAUCCCAAACUCUCUCCAUGUCAAGCAAUUAUUCGACCAUUGCCCAUUGCUCGUCUCUCAACAUUAAAGGCGAUAAACGACUUAUCAAAUUCUACAAAUAUCCUUCCAUCUACCGAGACCAUUCGCAAUUCGUGCAUUAGUAAUCAUACGAUCAAACGGCGAUCUUUUCACAUCAUCUCUUCAUCGUGUGUAGAUGAUGAUGAGCAUCAGAAUGAAUAUGCAUCUUUGAACAAAUUGGACUCGUCCAUUCAUCAAGAAACCUCGGAUGACAAAUCUUCUAUUGACAAAUCUUCUAUUGACAAAGUUUCACCUUAUCAAUGUAUACAAGUCGAUUACAUCGACGAUGUCGAUGAUGGAAGUGUCUCUUUGAAACAAUCGAUAUGCGAUUCGAAAGGAUCAGUGGAUAGUCUAUCGACAAAGAAAUCCAAUUCGACAACGAUAUUGUCAUCGUCAACAUUAGAUUCGGAAAAUGACGUUUUCAUUGUAAAUCAAUUGCCAUUGCAUGAAAGUAUUGUGUAA